GGGGUGGGGGUCAGGUCGGGUCAGGCUGGGGUCAGCGUCCCCGGUCAUGGGAGAGGAGGGGUCGACCCCCCGUGGGCGAGGCUGGCUGGCAGCCCUGCUCUGGCUGCUGCUGCUGCUAGCCACGGGCAUACGAGGAUCCUGGCCAGUGGUCUCCCGCGUCCCUGCUCCAGCUCCAGUGGAGGCAGCGACUGAGGAGCCCGGGCGGCAGGCGGGUGGCGCGCAGCGGUUGGCGCUAGAAGCAGUGUGCGGGAGGCCCAAGGUGACGGGGAAGAUCUAUGGUGGCCAGGAUGUGCUGGCCGGCCAGUGGCCUUGGCAGGCCAGCCUGCUGUACCAGCACACACACAUCUGCGGAGCUGUCCUCAUCGACUCCCUCUGGCUGGUGUCUACUGCCCACUGCUUUCUCAACAAAUCCCAAGCCCCAGCAGACUACCAGGUUCUGUUGGGAAGCACACGGCUAUACCAGCACGGCCAGCACACCCGGGAGAUGUCUGUGAGCCGGAUCAUCGUGCACCCAGACUUUGAGAAGCUUCACCCCUUCGGGAGUGACAUAACCAUGCUGCAGCUGAACGUGCCUGUGAACUUCACCUCCUACAUCGCCCCCGCCUGCCUCCCGAGCCCCGGCAUGCAGCUGUCCAGCAACUUGUCCUGCUGGAUAACCGGCUGGGGGAUGCUCAGCGAGGACCAACAUCUGCACUCGCCCUUCCAUCUCCAGGAGGGUAAGGUGAGCCUCAUUGAGAACAAGUUCUGUAACAUCUUAUACAGACGAAAACUUAGCAACAGCAAGACCUACUCAGUGCAGGAGGAGAUGCUGUGUGCUGGUGAUUUCUCGACAGGAAAGGCCACCUGCCACGGCGAUUCCGGGGGGCCCCUCGUCUGCAACCUCCUCAGUGCCUGGGUUCUGGUGGGGCUGGCCAGCUGGGGCUUGGACUGCCGGCACCCUAUCUACCCCAGCGUCUUCACCAGGGUUGACUACUUCACCAACUGGAUCGACAAAAUCCAGAGGCUCACACCUCCCCCUGAUCCCACGUCUGCUCCUCAGACGCAGUUUCCAGAUCAGCCUUGGCAGACUGCUGGCUCGUCCGGACACAGCACAACCUUCAUGUCUCCCCAGACCUGGUUCCUGCUGCUGUUCAUGCUCAGGGGCCCGCAGCAGGCCCUGUGGUGACCCUCCGAGCCCCUCUGUCCUGCUCUCUGCCUCAGGCCCCAGUCUGCUCACUGGAACCUUCCACACCUCCUCUUCCCCAGCCCCACUGACUCUCAGUGGUUCCUUCUCCUGGACUCUCCUGUCCAUCAGCUGCCAUCCCCUAAGCCAAGCCUGAAACAAAACAAAACAAAAACAAAUAAAAGACUCAUCUCA